AUGAGCAGUGAGCAGAUGCUAUCAGAGCUGGAGAGUGGCAGGGAGCUGGCCUCAGAGAACACCCAGCAGAGUGCCCGCUGCCUCAAACUGCUCAGCGCCUUCGCUGUUAUUGCCCUUGUCGCUGGUUGCGGAUAUCUCCUGUUCACUCAGGGACAAUCGUCAACAUCAAGCCAUUCAAACUGGAAGGCUACACUGAGAGGCGCUGAAGAUGUGUCUGCCAACAGCGGUUUGCCUCAUCUCAUGAAGCGGGUGGGGAGUGACCCACGGCCAAGAAUUGCAGCUCACCUGACAGCCAAUCCCAUUCCCCUGGUGUCCGACAAACUGACAUGGCAGGAGCAAGCGGGCAUCGCGUUCUCCUACGGCGUUGAGUUCUCAAACAACAGCCUCCUGAUCAAGAAACCAGGCUUUUACUUCAUCUACACACAGGUGGUCUUCCACUACGACCAGUGUGAGGAGAGCACCAUCUUCCUGAGUCACGAUGUUCACAAGCUCUCCUUGGCCUAUCCAGAAGAGACCAUCCUGCUCAGGGCCACAAAGUCCGUCUGCCACCACGGCAGCCACUCUGACCCCUGGUUCAAGACCUCCUACCAGGGUGCCAUCUUUGAGUUUGAGGCAGGCGACCGGAUCUUCUCACGGGUCUCCGAGAACGUGGUCAAGUACUUGGACAAGACGGAAGGCAAGACCUUCUUUGGAAUCUUUGCCCUGUGAAGGGCUUUCUCCCCCUGACGUGUCUAUGUUUGUUGUUUUCUAGAAUUCAGUGAUUUCUUUUGGGAUGACUGGUCGGGGCUGAGGGGAGAUGGCAGUCUCACGGUUGUGCUGGCUCUGACAGUCCCACAGGAAGUGGGUGGGGGUGAUAUUCGAGCAAGAGCAGGCAUCUUUCAUUAUCUCAAGGGGUGGAAUGUGGGGGGUGGUGGGAGUGAUGGAUGUGAGGAGAGCCAGCACAGGCAUGAUGGGUCAAAUGGCCUUCUGUAAUUACAAUAUGUACAGUUGAGAAGGGGUCAUGGCGUGGUUGGGAGGGAGGCAGUAGGUGGGAGACGUGAUACUGAAAUCACUGGAGCCCAAUCCCUGGGAGCAGAACCACACUCUGCUUCUCCCCCCCCGCAACCCCCCCAAUAGGUGGAUAAAUGGUCCAGAUGCCAAUGUCAAAGCUUACAAGGCUAUGGGCCAAGUGCUAGAAAAUGGGAUUACAAUCGUUAAGUGGUUGCAUGGAAUCAAUGGGCCAAGGAGCUUUUUUUUUGAGCUGCAAACCGCUGUGACCCACUGGGGCAGACGUGCUUCCAGCAUUAGCUUACACCCUGUACCUUCCCACUUUCUAUCCCCCCCCUCCACCCCUUUUUCUAGCACCCCUUCCUCCUCC